AUGAACGUUGCUCGAGGACGAUUUGUUCGGCAGCAGAACCCAAUGGACGGCAUAGGACCAGCAGUGCCUCCAUAUGCCAUACCUGGUGGCGGAUUCAAUCCAGAAGGCGGAUCUAAUCCUAUGCCCGGUUGGAACCCAAAGGACGGCGUAGGGCCAGCAGUGCCUCCAUAUGCCAUACCUGGUGGCGGAUUCAAUCCAGAAGGCGGAUCUAAUCCUAUGCCCGGUUGGAACCCAAAAGACGGCGUAGGGCCAGCAGUGCCUCCAUAUGCCAUACCUGGUGGCGGAUUCAAUCCUGAAGGCGGAUCCAAUCCUAUGCCCGGUUGGAACCCAAAGGACGGCGUAGGACCAGCAGUGCCUCCAUAUGCUAUACCUGGUGGCGGAUUCAAUCCUGAAGGCGGAUCUAAUCCUAUGCCCGGUUGGAACCCAAUGGACGGCGUAGGGCCAGCAGUGCCUCCAUUUGCUACGCCCGACAAUGGGUUUGGCUCGGCCUGA